AUGACGGCCGACAAAGCAAAGCGUAUUGGCUUUAUUGGCCUUGAAAACAUGGGCCUCUGGAUGGCAACCAACUUGGCCGAAAAACUGCCGGUCAAUUCGAAGCUUUACGUCUUCGAUAUUGUCACAGCUCUCAUGCAUGAUGUUUGUGCGAAGUAUCCAGAGAAGGCCCUGGCAUGCUCUGGCCCAAAGGACGUUGCAGAGAAAUCGGACAUCAUCAUUACCAUGCUUCCUGAAGGAAAACAUGUCAAGGAAGUUUACAUGGGACGGAAUGGAAUCUGCUCUAGCGACGUCAACAAUAAGCUUCUGGUCGAUUGCUCUACUAUUGACACCGCAAGUUUCCUAGAAGUCAAGGACCACAUCACAAAGCACUUCCCUUCUGCCUCAAUUUACGAUGCCCCCGUCAGUGGCGGUGUGAUCGGAGCGAAGAAAGGAACAAUCGCGUUCUUCCUCGGCUGCGCCAAAGAAAACACUGAGAUCGACAAACUGAAGCAACUAUUAGGUCUCAUGGGUGAAGAAGUCAUCCCAUGCGGUUGUCCCUCGCUCGGACUGGCAGCAAAGCUUUCCAACAACUACUUGUCCGGCAUCAUCGCCAUCGCCUGCUCGGAGGCGAUGGACAUGGGCAUGAGAUCCGGACUGGACCCGCGAGUCCUCUCCCAGGUCUUUGCGGCAGGCACUGCCCAAAACACCAUUUGUGAUCGGUUCAACCCAGUGCCCGGGGUGUAUGCCGAUGCGCCGUCUUCGAAUGGGUACCAGAAUGGAUUCAAAGUCCAGCUUAUGAAGAAGGACUUCUCGCUGGCUCUGGAUAUGGCUCGACGCGUGGGGUCGACUAACGUGCUUGGAGAUGUUGGACUGGAGACAUACAGAGGUGCUAGCGAGGAUGAGCGGUGCAGGGAUUUGGACUCGCGAAUCGUGUUCCGGUACUUGGGUGGGAAUGAGAAUUGGCAGGUUGAACGCUGA